AUGGACGACUAUGGUGUGGGAUCUAGUGGAAGUAGUGGUACCCCAGGAAGCCAAGCUGGAGCCCAAGGAAGCUAUGACAGUUCCGGUAGCUAUGGAUCAAGUGGGAGUCAAACAACACAAGGUCAAUACAAUGCUCAGACAACCGCAUAUACAUCUGCAUAUACAUCUGCAGCUACUCCAACAACUACCUCUAACAGUCAAAGUCAAACAAACUCCGCAUUUCCAACUUCUACUUCUUCAUCAAGUGGACUAUCAUCAACGGAACGAACAGCAAUCAUAGCAGGUGUUCUUGGUGGUGUCGGAGCAUUAUUGAUCAUCUCUCUCAUUGCUAUCUAUCUACUGCAAAGGAGGAAGACUAAGAAGGCUGCUGGUCGCAAAGGAGUUACUCAGCAAGUAUCUUACAAUGGAUUAAACUCUUCAUUUGCUGGCGUGCCUUUUAUCAAGAGGAACAGUCAAGGGAGUGAUAGUGAAAUAUCUCGACCACCAAUGGUUGCCGACACUUCAUACCAAGGAGCAUAUAUGAGAGGCGGACAAUCAAGCUAUCCUGACCUUUCCAGUGAUAUGGAAACAGACAGAUUCUUACCAAAUGACGAGGAAACCCAACAGAGAAUGGCCGGUGGAGGAAAUGGAUAUCACUCACCAUCUAAUCACCUUGGCUCUCCGACACAAGAUCCCUUCACAGAUCAAAACCGCCUAUCUCAGCUGACACAAAACCGCCUGUCUCAGUUGUCACAAAAUGUCACGUCUCCUCCCAGACCAGGACCAUUAGUCAGACAUGAUACCAUGGGGUUUCCUCUCGACGACGAUGACACCUCAUACAUCGGACCAGAUGCUCCCUCCCCCAUACGCCCCACCAUUUCCCAUGAGAAUCUCGAGCGAGGCCUCAAUGGAAACCAGGAUCUCCAUCAAAAUCGGGUCGUUCCCCAACAUCUUGAUUCUCUGACAUCAAAUUAUGAUACUCCAUACGACGUCGAAAAUGAAAAUGAUACAGUUCCACCUAUGUAUGGAGGUGUCCAAAGUCUGUCUCCAGCUCCUAUGGAAUCGGGAGCAUGGAUCGCCGCACGCAAUCCACAUCUAGCUGCUGCUUUUGGCAAUGAUAUGCAUAGGAAUUCGAGCACGAGGACUCAGAGUAGUUUUGCACCUAGUGUGAUUAGUGAUACGGAAUUGGAUAGAUUGGGUGUGGGACAGAGAUUGUGA